AUGGACCCCCCGGAUGUCCUAGGAUUGGAUUUGAACCCUGCCAGGCCUACUCAGCUCCCAGGAAGGAUAAAAAGAGAGCCACCACCUCGGCCGCCCCAGCCCUCCAUCCUUCUCAAGCACCCCCGCCCCGCUCUCCCCUUGGAGGACAACCUCUUCUUGCCCGCCAAGGAGAGCAAGCAGCCCAGCCCGGCCCAGACCACGGAGAUCUUCCAGGAACUGCAGCAGGAGUGCAUGAAGCACCUCAAGGUGCCCCGGGGUGGACCUUCCGGGGCCGCCGUCCCGAGUCCCGGCGAGGAGAAGCCGCGGAUCCCUCCUCGGGUGCCCAUCCUGCCCCUCCCGUUCCGGCGGAACGAGCCCGGCCGUUGGUCCGGAGACCUGUCGCCGGCCUCCGGAGGGGAGGAAGACCGUCCUCCCCAGAUCCCACCCCGGGAUCGCUUGUCCCAACCGGGAUCCAGAACUCCCAGCCCCAGGUCCCUCCAAGGCGGCUCUCCGCAACCGCGAGCCAACCUCUGCUCCCCGCUUUCUCUGGGGGGCUUCCUGUCCACCUCGCCCGGGAAGCCGCCCAUGCCCACCACCCAGAGCUUCGCCCUGGACCCCAAGUACGCCACCCCCAAAGUCAUCCAGGCCCAGGGGAAGGAGUGCGCCAAGGGCCCCUGCAUCUUGCCCAUCGUCAAGGACGGGCGGAAAGUCAGCAACACCCACUACUAUCUCCUCCCGGAGCGCCCGCCUUACCUGGACAAAUACGAGAAGUUCUUCAAGGAGGCCAAGAGCCCGGAGGGGGGAGGCGGCGGCGGGCCGAGCCGAGUGGUCAGCACGGCCACGGUGCGGCCCAUGAUCCAGCAGCAGCAGCAGUCGCCGGCCCCGGCGGACUACAAAGCCAACUUCUCGGCCAACAAUAGCAACAGCAGCGUCAAGGCCACCUGUGGCCUCCAGAAGAUCGUCUACGAGGGUUCGGAAGGCCCUCGGGGUUCGGAGAAGAUACGGCAGGUCCAGGAGACGGUGCACGGGGUCACCACCGAGGAGUGUCAAGCCGCCCUGCAGAAUCACAGCUGGAACGUGCAGAAGGCUGUCCAGUACCUGAAGGUUGAGCAGCUCUUCUGCCUGGGACUGAAGACGCGGCUGGAUUGUCACAAAGUUCUGGAGAUGUUCAACUGGAACUUGGAGCAGGCCAGUUCUCACCUGCUGGACCCCUACAACGCCGGCCAACUCAAGAUGCUUGAACAAUCUUCGUCUUCCAGCGAAUUCAAGACAUCCAACAUAGGAAAGGAGAGCAGCGCAAGCUGCUACCCCAGGCAUGCUGGAAGUUUUAGUUCUGUGGAUUCGGAGAUCCACGUAAAAGAGGCCGUGGAUCGCAUCCGUACUUUCCUCCAUGAAAAAGAUCAGGACGUGCCGGAGAAGUCCAAGUUCCUGGAAUGUGUGGACCUGGUUACCGCCAAUAUGGAGAGCGGGAAAGAUGGCUUCCGAGAGGAGUACUACAACCCCAUGUUGUUGAGGGACAUCCUGAGAGCGGAAGAUAAUCAGGAAUAUUUAGACCUUCUGCGGGAAUGGGAAGAAGAGAAGAUUUUCUGGCUGGCCUGGUUCUCGGAUGUGAGCAUGGCGACUACGGGUCCCGAGCGCUCACGACCCUCGCAGGAGUGGGGUCCUGAAUACCCGUGA